AUGGAAGGUAUAGGGGACAUAGGCGAUCAUCAAUCGCAUAGCGAGCAAUUACUGGACUCGGUCGAUUCCCCGGCGGCGGUGUCUACGCAUGGCCGGGGCGGUGGGGGCGGCUCGAAUGGGAACUGUGGCGGAGGAGGCGGAGGCGCCGGAGGAGGAGGAGGGGGAGGAGGGGGAAGUGGUGGCGGUAGGGGUAUCGUGGUCGGUGGGGGUAGACAUCAUAACCACCACCACCACCAUCAUCAUCACCAUCACAGCCACCACCACCAUCACCAUCAUCAACAGCAUCAGCACGAGGUCGUCGUGCAUGAAACGGGGGGUGGUAGGAGCGGCGGAGGUGGCGGUGGUAAUGGUAACGGGGGUGGUGGUGGUGGCGGCGGCAACGGUGGUGGUGGUAACGGAGGAGGUAGCGUCGAGGGUAUGUCUUCGUCGGCCUCUCAAAGCCCCGACAUCGCGUGCGCGAGCCUACCGCUGGAACUACUCGCGGCUGGCGCGCUCGGCGUCAAGGAGGAGCGAGACCUCGCCGCCGCGGAGGAUCUGUCGUCGUCCCAGGAUCCGCCGAGCGUCGGCGGUGGUGGUGGCGGUGAUAGUGGUGGCGGCGGCGGUGGCGGCGGUGGCACCAAAGGACGCUUCAGUGGUGGCGUGGCAGUGGUGGUAGUAGUAGUAGUGGCGGCGGUGGCAGGCAGAGCGCGCGGGAGUCCCUGUCGGUGA